CCCAAUUCCUUUAGUUUCAUUUUAUGGAUCCGUAUCGAAACGGGAUGAAAUUUGUUGACAUUGCAGGCUAAAGCUUCACUCAACCGAUUUGCAACGUUUGAAUCGGUGCAUCGACAGAUUCUUGGUCAUUUUAAAUCGAUUCAGUUGGAAAGCCAAGAGGGAUCUUUGGCAGUCAGGAGAACUGUUGUGUCAGUGGACCGAUGAGCUACACAUGAACCAAGCCGGCUCAGCCUGUUACCUGGCCAUUCUCAGCAGGUCUCCAGUCUACUAUGGAUGAGGAGAGAGAGGAGGGGGGUCCUACAUCUAGGACCACUCUGUCUGGGGAAGAUGGCCGCCAGAGCAAAGCUAAGAGCCCAGAGCAGCAGGAGAGAGCAGACUUCCCUGUACCCAGCUGUGUCUCCAUGAAGAGUGACCACUCUAUGGAACUUCCUUUAAACUUUAAAGAUGGAAAUCAGUCUAUUGAGAAGAUAAGAGUCCAGCAGGAGAGAGCAGACUCCCCUGGACCCAGCUGUGUCUCCAUGAAGAGUGACUGGUCCAUGGGUCAUCCUCUUAACUUUAAAGAUGGACGCAGAGAAGAGAGACAACCCCACGAGAGGUCAAAGGUUACCAGUUCUCAGUCCGUACAGCAGCAUCAAACAGAGCUGAUCAAGAGGGCUGAGGAGAACGCUCACGCUUUCCUAGACAAGGAGCUGAAGAAGCUCUGGAGGGAUCUCUUCCCAGAUUACCCACAAUGCUCAGAGAGUCAGAGGGAGGAGGAGGAGGUGGAUGGUAAGAAUGAGGAGCAGAGGAGGCGCGCCACAGAGGGAGUGGUGGACAUCACAAAGCUCUGCCUGAUGGAGAUGAACCAGGAGGAACUGGCCGACACACUGGGGAAAAGAUCUGCUGCUGUCGAGUGCCAACACAAAAUUAAGUCUCUAUUGAAGAAGAAAUUCAAGUGUGUGUAUGAGGGUAUUGCUAAAGCAGGACAGCCAACAGGCCUGAAUGACUUCUACACAGAGCUCUUCAUCACAGAGAGAGGCAGUGGAGAGGUCAACAAGGAACAUGAGGUCAGACUGAUUGAAACAGCUUCCAGGAGACCGGCCAAGGAGGAAACACCAAUACAAUGUCAAGACAUCUUUAAACCCUUACCUGAUCAAGAUCAACCAAUCAGAACAAUUAUGACAACUGGAGUGGCCGGCAUUGGUAAAACCGUCUUAACACACAAGUUCACUCUGGACUGGGCUGAAGGCAAAGCCAACCGCGACAUACACUUUACAUUUCUCUUAACUUUCAGAGAGCUGAAUUUACUGAAAGGGAAAGAGUUAAGCUUGGUCGAACUUCUUCAUCACUUCUUUAUUGAGACCAAAGAAGCAGGAAUCUGCAGAUUUGACCUGUUCCAAGUUGUCUUCAUCUUGGAUGGUCUGGAUGAGUGUCGACUUCCUCUGAACUUCCAGAACAACCAGACCUGGACUGAUGUCACAAAGCCGAUCUCGGUGGACGUGCUGCUGACAAACCUCAUCAGGGGCGACCUGCUUCCCUACGCUCGCAUCUGGAUAACCACACGCCCUGCAGCAGCCAAUCUGAUCCCUGCUGAGUGUGUUGACAUGGUGACGGAGGUAAGAGGGUUCAACAACCCACAGAAGGAGGAAUACUUCAGGAAGAGAUUCAGAGAGGAGAAGCUGGCCAGCACAAUCAUCUCCCACGUCAAGAAAUCAAGAAGCCUCCACAUCAUGUGUCACAUCCCAGUCUUCUGUUGGAUCACUGCUACAGUUCUGGAGGACUUCUUCAAAACAUCUAAAAGAGGCGAAGAGGGGCCAAAGACCGUGACUCAGAUGUACAGCCACUUCCUGAGGGUUCAGUCCAUACAGGGGGACAGGAAGUAUCAUGGGAGAGCUGAAACAGAUCCACACUGGAGUUCAGAGAGCAGGAAGAUCAUUGUUUCUCUGGGAAAACUGGCUUUUAACCAGCUGGAGAAAGGCAACCUGAUCUUCUACGAGGCAGACCUGGCAGAGUGUGACAUCGAUAUCAAAUCAGCUUCAGAGUACACAGGAGUGUUAACCCAGAUCUUUAAAGUGGAGUGUGGGCUGUACCUGGACAGGGAGUUUUGCUUUAUCCAUCUGAGCAUCCAGGAGUUUCUGGCUGCCCUUUAUGUCUUUCUGUCCUUCAUCAACACGGGGGUCAAUCUGCUCUCAGAAGAAGCACCAACCUCUGGUGAAGAUAAACUCCUCCACUUCUACCAGCGUGCUGUGGACAAGGGCUUAGAGAGUGAGAACGGACACCUGGACUUGUUCCUCCGCUUCCUCCUGGGCCUCUCUCUGGAGACCAAUCAGAUUGUCCUACGAGGUCUGCUGGGACCGAAAAAAAGUAGAUCACUGAUCACUAAGAUUAAAAAAGUUCUGCUGGGAAAGACAGAAACUAGCUCACUGACCAAUAAGGAAACUAGCAUCACAUUAGUGUCUUAUAUCAAGAAGGAGAUAAAUGGAGAUCUCUCUCCAGAGAGAAGCAUCAACCUGUUCCACUGUCUAAAUGAGCUGAACGAUCGUUCUCUAGUGGAGGAGAUCCAACAGUACCUGACAUCAGGAAGUCUCUCAAGAAAAUCUCUUCCUCCUGCUCAGUGGUCAGCUCUGGUCUUCAUCCUACUGACAUCAGAAGAGGAGCUGGACGUGUUUGACCUGAAGAAAUACUCUGCUUCAGAGGAGGGUCUUCUGAGGCUGCUGCCAGUAGUCAAAUCCUCCAAAACAUCUCUGUUAAAUGGCUGUGAGCUGUCAGAGAGAUGCUGUGAAGCUCUGGCCUCAGUUCUCAGCUCCAACUCCUCUAGUCUGAGAGAGCUGGACCUGAGUACCAAUGAUCUGCAGGAUUCAGGAGUGAAGCUGCUCUCUGCUGGACUGGGGAGUCCACACUGUACACUGGAAACUCUCAGGUUAAAUGGCUGUAAGCUGUCAGAGAGAUGCUGUGAAGCUCUGGCCUCAGUUCUCAGCUCCAACUCCUCUAGUCUGAGAGAGCUGGACCUGAGUACCAAUGAUCUGCAGGAUUCAGGAGUGAAGCUGCUCUCUGCUGGACUAGGGAGUCCACACUGUACACUGGAAACUCUCAGGUUGUCUGGCUGCCUAGUCACACAGAAAGGCUGUGCUUCUCUGGCCUCAGCUCUGAGCUCCAACCCCUCCCAUCUGAGAGAGCUGGACCUGAGCUACAAUCACCCAGGAGACUCUGGAGCUGCGCUGCUCUCUGCUCGACUGGAGGAUCUACGCUGGAGACUGGACACUCUCAGUGUGGAGCACGGUGGAGUGUGGAGGCUGAAGCCAGUUCCACAGAGGUAUGCCUGUGAACUCACACUGGACCCAAACACAGCCCACAGACGACUCUCUCUGUCUGAGGACAACAGGAAGAUGCCUGUGAACUCACACUGGACCCAAACACAGCCCACAGACGACUCUCUCUGUCUGAGGACAACAGGAAGGUGACGUUGGUUGGAGAGGACCAGUCGUUUCCGGAUCACCCAGAGAGAUUUGUCUCCUGGUCCCAGGUGUUGGGUAGAAAGGCUCUGACUGGCCGCUGUUACUGGGAGGUAGAGAGGAAAGGACGUGUUGAGAUAGCAGUGACAUACAGAGGAAUCCCAAGGAGAGGACGGGGUGAUGACUGCAGAUUUGGAGGGAACAACAAGUCCUGGAGUCUUUAUUGUGAUGGUGAUGGUUACUCUGCCCGGUACAACGGUAGCGUAACAGACAUAUCUCUCCGCUCCGCUUGCUCCACCAGAGUAGGAGUGUAUCUGGACCAGCCUGCUGGCUCUCUGUCCUUCUACAGAGUGUCCCCAGGUGGAGGAGGGUCCUCAGACACACUGACACACCUCCACACCUUCUGGUCCUCCUUCACCCAGGAGGACCUCCUCCCGGGGUUUAGGGUAAGGGGGAUUCAGCGGGGUGAUUCAGUGUCUCUGUGUCGGUUGUAGAAAAAAACAACAUACGGGCGGGUGGGCGCGCACACACAUACACACAGACACACACACACACACACAAACAGAAACACACACACACACACACACACACACACACACACACACACACACACACACACACACACACACACACACACACACACACACACACCGAUUUAGCAUUAAACCGGUUCUAAAAGGGUUGGGAGUAAUGAUUGACCGUCUGGGCUCCUGAAACAUAACUGUGAUCAGUGAUAAGAGAAGAAAUAGCAACGGUCUGAGGAGAUCACAGUGGACACAAACCUUGCUGGUGACCUCCAGUGGGGACCUCCUGUUCACUGAGCCCUGAGGGCGGCGCUGCGCCCCCUAGUGGACACACACCUUGCUGGAGGGUAGGAACAAUACUCUGAUUCCCUUCAUCUGUUUAUUUACAGACGUGUCUAAGUUGGAUUCAUUGAAUUGUUUCCUUCCUUCCUCCUCCUGCAGUCUUCAUCCAAUUAAUGAUUCACAACGUUAGAGGUGUUUAGUUUCCAUGCCAACCGUGUCAUGUCUACACCCAAUCGAAACUCCCCCUUCUGUGUAAAUGAAGACGCUAGAAACACUGCCCUCUAGUGGUCGUUCCUGGUUAAAGCACAAACAACCUUUUAUUGAUUGAUUCAUUUAAGUACAGAGCGGAACGUUGUCAAAUUUAACCGAUUAUCGAGAAUAAUCAAACAAACCAUGCAAAGGCAGAAUCAACAGCAGCCAUUAGGAGCCCAUUUAGGGGCCCUUGAAGGAUCAGUGGGGGGGGGGGUGGUAUUACUGGGGUAUCACCAUCCUGAACAGAGGUCAGCCGGCCCCCGGGGUCUGAAGCCCCUCUGCUGUGAGGGAGGGCCCCCCAGGACUAAAGAGAAGGCCCAGCGUUGAGGAGCCCUCUGCUGUGAGGGAGGGCCCCCCAGGACUAAAGAGAAGGCCCAGCGUUGAGGAGCCCUCUGCUGUGAGGGAGAGCCCCCCAGGACUAAAGAGAAGGCCCAGCGUUGAGGAGCCCUCUGCUGUGAGGGAGGGCCCCCCAGGACUAAAGAGAAGGCCUACCGUUGAGGAGCCCUCCCAGGGGCUGAGGAUCAGGGGAGCGGUGAGAGUGAGGGCGCGGCCCCCACGGCCUACGCUGCUCUGGGCUAUCGUCUAGCUACUGGACAUGACUGCAGUGUGGAGGUCCGGCCAGCAGGGGCAGCACUGAGGAGGCCUCAGUCCUUUGUUUGUUCUGGAAGAACGGCAGAACGACGCACUGGUGUCCCACUGGUGUCCCACUGGUGUCCCACUGGUGUCUCACUGGUGUCCCACUGGUGUCCCACUGGUGUCCCACUGGUGUCCCACUGGUGUUUCACUGGUGUCUCACUGGUGUCCCACAGGUGUCUCACCGGUGUCCCACUGGUGUCUCACCGGUGUCUCACUGGUGUCUCACUGGUGUCUCACUGGUGUCCCAUUGGUGUCUCACUGGUGUCUCACUGGUGUCUCACUGGUGUCCCACUGUGGUCUCACUGGUGUCUCACUGGUGUCCCACUGGUGUCUCACAGGUGUCCCACUGGUGUCUCACUGGUGUCCCACUGGUGUCUCACUGGUGUCUCACUGGUGUCCCACUGGUGUCUCACUGGUGUCCCACUGGUGUCUCACUGGUGUCCCACUGGUGUCUCACUGGUGUCUCACUGGUGUCCCACUGUGGUCUCACUGGUGUCUUACUGGUGUUGAAUCCAUCAGUCAAUGAUGGUGCGCCCUCGCAUAACACUUGAACUGUAUAUGAUUUAGAUCAGUUAAACCCCUGUCCUGAAACACGUUGGAGGGUUAACAGUGGAAGCUUCUCACUAACUCUGAUGCCAGUUAUAUUAUCUAUGUUUCAUGAAGGAAGGAACUUAAUCCAGAAAACAGAGAUUUCUAGAUUAAAUAAAUAAACAUAAUUGUA